GGAAGAAUGGAUGGCGUGUGGAGCUCUCGCACAAUUCUAAGGGAGGUGGUGGAAGCCGUGGUGGUGGGCGUGGACGUGGUGGAGGUGAGGACUCGAAGUGUUAUGAAUGUGGUGAACCUGGUCAUUUUGCUCGAGAGUGUCGUUUGCGCAUAGGUCCACGCGGCUUAGGAAGUGGACGCCGUCGAAGCCCCAGUCCUCGACAUCAUCGCAGUCCAAGUUAUGGGCGUAGGAGUUACAGCCCUCGUGGGAGAAGAUCCCCACGCCGUGGUCGUAGCUACAGCAGGUCUCCUCCAUAUCGCCGUGCUCGUCGUGAUUCACCUUAUGCCAAUGGGUAUGCAUAUCAUCAUUCUCCUAAUGCUAAUAGAUAUGUAAUGGUUCCACGCAUAUAAAUUUCUUGUAGUUCCUUUAAUUAGUCACUGUUCUAGUGUAUUGUAUGUCAUGCCUAAGCCCCACCUUGUGAUGUGAUACUGCAUAAUGGCUAUCAAUAGGGGGAAUCUGAACUUUCUUUUUGGCAAUGGCAAAAAUGAACUCUAAAUUAGUCAUAAAUCAGUAACUUCCAGGAUUAACUAUGGG